GUUAUGUUAUUAUAGUCUUCUGUUUUGACAAGAUGUUAAAUCAACAACAUCCUCUGUUGAGCACCAUAGACUCGUACAUAGAGCCACUUUUGAAACGCGUUUUACAAACUAAAAAACUUGGUGUUCCUUACGGUCUGAUAAAAUUGGAUUCGGUAUCAUCAAGUUGCAAUAAGAAUAAAAAUGAUUGUUUCAAAUUAUCGAUUCCCUAUGCUGGAGAGCACCUUAUGUGGAAUAUACUAUUUGAUUCACAAUGUCCAGAAAUAGGUCCGGAUUUCAUAUUCAAUGAUCAAAAUUUUUUAAUAGAUCCAGACAUUGAUAUUUUAUCUACUUGGGUACCUAGUCUUGUUAAAUGGAAUCCUAAUGAUACCGAUGCACUGCUCAAUGUUCUAACAGAGUUAUUAUUGUAUUACAAGGAACAUCAGAUACAGUUACUUGGAAAACAGGAAGAUCGAUUACAACUUGAAUACAGCACACUUGUUGGAGAAACAGAGAUAUGUAAAGAAGAUAUAGAAGUCAUGAUGUUGCUAGGAUUAAAACCUGUGGAAGCGAGAUUUUUAAUUCGCAUAUCUGUGGAUUUUACUCGAUUACCUCCGCGUAUGAAUAAAUCACAGACUGAUGAAGUAAUGCUUCUAGUAACAUUUUAUGGACCAGAUUGGAAUCGUAUUUCUCCACAACUUUAUUUAUCUAAGACCUUAGAAGAUGCUAUUGGUAGACCAGAACCUUUACUCAUUCCACCAUUACCACCUAACAAAUAUCUAAUGGAUUAUGUUCCUGAAGUAAUAAAAUUCCUGGAAGAAAAAAUAAACAGUGCAGUUCAAUGUUUUGAAAGCAGAAAAGAAUUUAUCGUGUUUCUACUUGUAUUGCAACGCGGUAGCAUAGUAGAAUAUGAUGCUAUAGAGUUUAAUUGGAUUAUUAUUUUAUUGGAACAUCGGGACUUCCAUUUUCUCAUACACUUUAAUCUUCCAUCAAUAUUUCCGAAAGAAAAACCACAAAUUGCAUUACAAUCGGUAUAUCAUUUGACAUCACAGGGUAUCUUAUACAGAGAAGUAUUGGAUGAUGUACCAUAUAGUCCUAGAUGGUCGAUGAAAUUAAUGGUUGACAAAUUAUUAACGUACAUAAUAGAAAAUGCUGUUCAAAAGUUUCAAGCGAACUCUAUAAAAAAUAAUCGUUUUUAA